AACAGCUGGUGCCUCGGGAGGCGGCGAGUGAGAGGGCGGGCGUGGGGUGUUGGUGCCCGGUCGGGCCACGCUGCGGGAGCCACCGCCGCCUUGCAUCAUUGCACCAUGUCCGGGCAGCUGGAGCGUUGUGAGCGCGAGUGGCAUGAGCUGGAAGGAGAAUUUCAGGAGCUGCAGGAGACGCACAGGAUCUACAGGCAGAAGCUGGAGGAGCUGACAGCGCUACAGACCCUGUGCAGCACUUCCAUCAACAAGCAGAAGCGGCACCUCAGGGACCUGAAGGGCACGCUCCAGAGGUGCAAGCGCCAUUCCAGUCAAGAGGAGGCAGAGCUCAUUCAGCAGAUAGGCGCCAACAUUAAGGAGCGACAGAAUGUCUUCUUCGACAUGGAGGCCUACCUACCAAAGAAGAAUGGGCUCUACCUGAAUCUGGUCCUUGGCAACGUCAACGUGACUCUCCUUAGCAACCAGGCCAAGUUUGCAUACAAGGACGAGUAUGAGAAGUUCAAGCUCUACCUGACCAUAAUCCUGCUUGUGGGUGCUGUGGCCUGCCGCUUUGUCCUUCACUACAGGGUGACAGAUGAAAUCUUCAACUUCCUGCUCGUGUGGUAUUACUGCACUUUGACCAUUCGGGAGAGCGUUCUCAUCAGCAACGGCUCCAGAAUCAAAGGCUGGUGGGUGUCUCACCAUUACGUCUCCACGUUCCUGUCUGGAGUGAUGCUGACUUGGCCUAAUGGACUAAUUUAUCAGAAGUUUCGAAAUCAGUUUUUAGCGUUCUCCAUUUUUCAGAGCUGUGUUCAGUUCCUGCAGUACUAUUACCAGAGAGGCUGUCUCUACAGACUGCGAGCCCUGGGGGAGAGGAACCACCUGGACCUCACGGUGGAAGGGUUCCAGUCUUGGAUGUGGCGGGGCCUCACCUUCCUCCUGCCUUUCCUUUUCUGUGGCCAUUUCUGGCAGCUCUACAAUGCAGUCACCCUGUUUGAACUCUCCAGCCACGAGGAAUGCAAAGAAUGGCAGGUAUUUGUGCUGGCACUCACCUUCCUCAUCCUCUUCCUUGGCAAUUUCCUGACCACACUCAAAGUUGUGCACGCCAAAUUCCAGAAGAACAGGAACAAGACAAAGCAGCCAUGAACCUCUGGACCCUUGUGCCUGGGAGUCUUGGGACUUAAGACUGCUGGGGAUUCCGGUCAGCACCCUGGCUGCCGGUCACUGGUAGCCAAGGGCAGCAGCAUCUCAGGGGCCAGCAGUAUCACUGGGAGCAGGGCCAAGGCCCUGGUCUCUGGCCAGACAUGAGGAAUGUGAAGGGCACCUUUGCGCACAGUAUUAACUUGCCCCGGCUCCCUAUUUAUAAUGUAUUUAAUGCUGGGUCUUCCCUGCAUCCCUGGAAUCCGAGGCCUCUGCAGCUCUGCGUGAUGGCAGUGGCCAUAUCUGCGUCCGUCUUCCAGGGAGGGGCAGAAAGCCUCAGGGAACCCCCUUUCUUCCUACUCCUGUCAUUUGAACCCCUUAUUGGGGUUUAGAUGUGCCUCACUGGGGUUGGCUUUAGCUGACCUGCUAUUUACUGUGUCCCAGGCACCUGGUGGAAUGAUACCUUCAGCACCUGUGGAGCGCCCUUCUCUGGGCCACCCCAUCCCCUGGGCCACUACCUCUGUUGUAAACACCCCUCCCCCCAGCCUCUCCCCCUCUGUGGUGAGGGAGUAUUUAAGUUCUCAAAGAA